GGAGCUUCUUUGAGCUCUGUGUUCUUCCCUAAAGAGAAGCACCACUGAGACCCCUCAAUGUAUUAUAUUUGUGGGAGGCUUUACGAUAAAAAACCCCAUGAUUUCUCUUUUUUCUUUGGAUGCCAAGUAGGAGAGGGAGAUGAGUUGGCUUCAACACUCACAGGCCGUGGCAGAUACUUACUCCCGAUUAAAUAAAUCCAAGUCAUCAUAGCAGAUAUAUCCACACUGUAAAAUGAAUGCACUUUGACAGUAUUUUUUACCUGCCAUGGCUCAGUGCUAUGGAAUCAUGGGAGUUUUAGUUUGACAUGGUCUUUCGCCUCCUUUGUCCAAGAGUACUGUGUCUCACCAAACUACAGCUUCCUGGGUUCCAUACCUUUGAGCCAUGGCAGGUAAAGCAGUGUCAGGUUGCAUUCAUUCUACAGUGUGGCUGCAUCCUAGGACUCUAGAGGCCACAGGGUUCGAAUCCCAGCUUGGACAUGAAAAUCGACUGCAUGGACUUUGUUUGAGUCACACUGUCUCAGCCUCAGGGCAGGAAGCACAGCUCUCCCCCAACAAAUCUUGCCAAGAAAAUACCACAACGGUUACCAUGUCAAAAGUGCUUUAAAGGCACAGGACAAGGAUUCUCAAGUAACAUAGGAAAAGGACUGGAAUUGGUACUGAGGUGAUAACUUUUGGAAAUGAUCUUGCAGAGAAAAUCUGCAUUAGUUUCAAUGGAGGGGAUGGUUAAGUGUACCCAUUUAAAUCAGCAUUUCAGCUCUGGAGAGCUGAAAUGGCUUCACUUUUGGCUCAAUCCUAUACAAAUUUCUUGUGAUUAGGAGGCACAGUUGUAGAAUACUGUCCUUUGUCAAAUAUCAAGGUGCUUAUGAAGUGCCCAUAAUGCUAGCAUGUUUGUGGACUUUCCAAAAUGUCAGGGUAUUUGUGGAGCAACCCAUAGAAAGUGCUGUGCUCUUUGAUUUCAGGAUGUAAAUUUAUGCAAACUCAUAUUGAUGCUUUAUACUUGAGGACUUCAUAUCAUUAGGCACUGCAUCCGAACAAAUGGCUUUGCAUCCACAAAAGUUGAAGCAAAAAUAUUUUUUUAAAAAUUGUUUUCUUUUCAUCUUUUACUCCUCCUUCAUUCCUCCUUUUUAUUUCUCAUGUUGAUAUUUACAUUGUGUAGUAUGGCAUGCCUAAAAGAAAUACUCAUCCCCACACGCUUAGAGUUUCACACUUCUGUUGGGAUUGCUCUGUUUCCACUUGAAACCCCAGGGAGAAGCCUUUGGCUUUGAAACUUGGCACCUCUUGUUUGGAUCACCUCCCCCUUCUUUCCCUCUGCUGUCUCUUGAAAUGCUGAGUGUGCCAAAGAAUUCCUGGUUUGUCAGGAGGAGCUUUAAGUCCCCUCCCCAACUUUCAAAAGGGCUGUGUAUCAGAAAUGCCCCAAAGUCCAGACCCUCUUGCCUUGCCCAGGGCUUUUCUUUCUCUGGCUUCCUCUAAAGAAGGAACCUAAUGAGGUGCUUGUAUGUACUUCUCCACCUCCUUUGAAGGAGAGGACAAGGGCUGGGCUAUGAAAGAGUUGCCUUCACUGGGGUGUCAUUACUUGAGUCACGCCUCUGUCUCUCUUUUAAUGGCUUGAAUACUCCUACUCUGAUUUUUAAUAGGGUUUUUUCUUUGAGUGCUUCAGACUGAUGUGUAAUUAGACUGUGAUGUGUAGAUUUGUCCUGUGGACCCUCUUUUAAUGCCCUACUGGAGAAAAAACUGAUGGAUUUUUAUGAAACUCAUCCUCCGGGGAAGGUGGAUUUGUCUAGCAAAAGACCAGUCUUGGUUCUGCAGAAUGAUGCUCUAUACUCCCAAAGGCGACAGUUUACUAAUGAGGAUGAGGCCUGGAAGUCUUUUCUUGAAAACCCACUUACGGCGGCUACCAAAGCCAUGAUGAGCAUUAAUGGGGAUGAAGACAGUGCCGCUGCCUUGGGCCUCUUGUAUGAUUACUAUAAGGUUCCCCGGAGAACAUCAGCAGUGAAACCUGAUGUUGAUCAUUCUGACCAAGACCAUGGCAAAAGGAACAGUAUACCAAACAUGACUGAACAGUCACUCAUUGCUGGUGGGGAAAACCGGGUCCAGGUCUUGAAAAACAUGCCUUUGAAUAUUGUUCUCCCUCACACUUCCCAAAUGAGUGUUGACAAGCGGAACCACCUAACGCCUCCAGACACCACCGUCACAGUCUCCAUUGCCUCCAUGCCCACCCACUCAAUCAAGACAGAAACUCAGUCACACAGCUUUUCAGUCGGCAUCCCUCCUGCGGGCAUCUAUCACUCGGAAGCACCUGAUCCAGUGGUGGUUUUAGACAGGCGUCUCAAUACUGAUCAGUUUAACUCUACCACCCCGACUCAGAAUUCCCAGCGGAGGACUCCAGAUUCUACCUUCUCAGAGUCUUUUAAAGAAGGCGUGCAAGAGGUUUUUUUCCCUGCUGAGCUGAAUCUCCGGAUGUCGAACAUAGGUUCUGAAGACUACGUGUUUGAAAGCAUCGCUGGGAACAAUUUUGAAUACACAUUGGAAGCUUCUAAAUCCCUUCGACAAAAGCCAGGGGAUAAUACCAUGACUUACCUAAACAAGGGGCAGUUUUAUCCCAUUACACUGAAAGAAAUGAGUGGUGGUGAAGGGAUCCAUCAACCCAUCAGCAAAGUUCGAAGUGUCAUCAUGGUUGUAUUUGCUGAAGACAAAACAAGAGAAGAUCAGCUCAGGCACUGGAAGUACUGGCACUCCAGGCAGCACACAGCCAAACAAAGGUGCAUUGACAUAGCUGAUUAUAAGGAAAGCUUCAACACCAUCAGUAACAUUGAAGAGAUAGCCUACAAUGCCAUUUCCUUUAGUUGGGACAUUAAUGAUGAAGCAAAGGUUUUCAUUGCGGUAAACUGCCUCAGUACAGAUUUCUCUUCCCAGAAAGGUGUGAAAGGGCUUCCUUUGAAUCUUCAGAUUGAUACCUAUAGCUACAACAACAGGAGCAACAAACCUGUCCACAGAGCUUAUUGCCAGAUUAAAGUCUUUUGUGAUAAGGGAGCAGAAAGGAAGAUCAGGGACGAGGAACGAAAACAAAGCAAAAGAAAAGGCAAGUGCACUGACCCCAGCUCACAGCUGAAUGCCUUUUCUGAUGUCAAAGUGCCCAUGCUCCCAUCCCACAAGCGUACAGACAUCACUAUCUUCAAGCCAUUUAUGGAUCUUGAUACCCAGCCAGUUCUCUUCAUACCUGAUGUUCAUUACUCCAAUAUUCAGCGUGGAGCUCAUGUGUUUCCUCUUGCAUCUGAUGAACUGGAGGGAGAAGGGAGCUCUAGCAUGAAGAGGGGGCCUUUCUUAAAUGAAGAUGAUUUUUCUGCUAGCCCAAUUAAGUUAUCACGAAUAGAAGAACCCAAAAGAGUGUUGUUGUAUGUUCGAAAGGAAUCGGAAGAAGUAUUUGAUGCACUUAUGCUCAAGAUUCCAUCUCUGAAAGGACUAAUGGAAGCUAUAUCUGACAAAUAUGAUGUCCCUAUUGAUAAAAUUGGAAAAGUGUUCAAGAAAUGUAAAAAGGGAAUCUUAGUGAAUAUGGAUGAUAACAUUGUGAAACACUAUUCCAAUGAAGACACCUUCCAAUUACAGAUUGAAGAGGCUGCUGGAACAUACAAACUCACUCUCACCGAGAUCUGAAACUGACUUUUGUUAGGCCUUUUGUGGUGGGAAGCGGGGUUGUAAAUGAAGGUUGUGAACUCAAGCCUCUCAUUACCUUUUAUCCUCAGGGUUUAAAAAGUCCCUUUAGGGAAGAAGCCAUUUAUUCUUUCAGAGAAGAAUAUCUUUCCACGGUGUGUUUGCUUUAAAAAAAAAAAAAAAAACAAGACUGACAUGCAUCCACACAUCUGUCCUUUGCCUGCAAUAUUGCAGUUUGAAUAAAUGAACUGAAGGUACACAUUGAGGAAAAAGAAAACCAAAAUAGCACAUGCCAUUGAAGCACUACAAACUUGUGUUUUUUUUAAAUGCCACAUUAUCUGUAUCUUUUCUUCCUGUUAAACAUGUGGGAUUUCUUCAUCAGUGACUUAUAGCUUUGUUCUAGUUCAGUGAGUACAGCUUUUUCUCAUUGAGGCUAACAGGAAUUCCAGGAUAAUGCUGGACUGUGUUUACGGCUGAGCAGGGCACAAUGUGAUAAACUUCCUCUAAACCAGUGGUUCUCAACCUGUGGGGCCCCAGAUGUUUUGACCUUCAACUCUCAGAAAUCUUAACAGCUGGUAAACUGGCUGGGAUUUCUGGGAGUUUUAGGCCAAAUCACCUGGGGACACACAAGUUGAGAACCACUGCUCUAAAACUUCUUACAGAUUUAAGAAUUCUUGCUUGAUGAAGAACUUUUUAAAAUCUCAUUGAUGAGCUUUAUCUGUAUAUAAAUGCAAUAUCUUUUGAAGGGUUGUAAAUAUGUAAAUAUAAGUCAUGCUUAUAUAAUAUAUAUAAAUAUAUAUAUAUAUAGUGAAAGAUAUAUAGAUAUAUUGGGUGUGUAUAAUGUGCAAUGAAUAAAUGCAUUGAAGCUCCUCUUAAGGGUCAUAUGUAUAUACAUUUAAUAUUGGAAAAAGCAGGCUCAGGUCUAAAUUACAUUUAUGCUGAACAUGUUCAGUCUUCUGUAAAGAACAGCAGCCAAAAGUAAAUUAGUUUCUGUAGAGCAAAUAUAUCUUUCUUAUCAGAAUAGGAGUUAAGUUGGGUCUAGCUCAGUUGUAAAGUAAUGAUGUUGUAGUAGUGUUAUCAAUCUGUUCCCCAGCAAAUGUUAAGAUGAGUUUCCCUCCCACCGUGCACAUUUUAAGUAGAGUGGGCCGUCCCUAAGGUUUUAAGACAAAUGUGGGAGUCUCUUUAUUCUUCGGUUGUUUAGGUAUCAAUCCCUAAAAGCCUAAGCCAGCAUAUGGCCUGAACAGGCAGUCCCCGAGUUGCAAACACCCGACUUACAAAUGACUCAUUGUUAAGAACAGGGCUGAGAUAACAAGAAGGGAGGGAAAUCUACUCCUAGGAAGGGAAAUUCACUCCUGAAAGAGGGAUCAUGGGGAGAAGGUGUCUCCACUGAAGCUUUCUUGCCAAUCCUUAUUUCCACACAAGCCAAAUUUUUCAAAAUUUUCAAUGAUCACAGGGACAGAAAGUGAGGUGAAAUCUUCUGAACAGGGGCACAGACACCACAGAGGUGUUAACCCUUCCCUACAUUAUCCAAAGCUAAAAAAUAUGCCUAUCUGGCUGGAGUUACAUUUAAAAAUGUACUACCUGUUCGGACCUACAAACAAAUUCAGUUUGAGAACAAGUCUACAGAACCUGUCUUGUUCAUAACUUCGGGACUGCCUGUAUUGAAGAUUGAGGGAGUGACACUCCAAAACAUGUCACAGAACAAAGAUUUCCCAGCCAUAUUUUUAAAUGCAGGUUUGCAGAUCAUUUUAACUCCUGAGCCUAGUUAUUUAGCCAACUCAGUCUACAUGUAGCCUUCAUUUGUUGUUGUUCAAGUUGUUUCCAACUCUGAACCUAUCAUAGGGUUUUCUGGGACUGAGAGUGACAUCUUCAAGGUCACUCAGUGGGUUUCCAUAGCCAAGAGGGAAUCAAACUCUGAUCUCCAGAGUCAUGGUCCAACACCCAAACCACUGUGCCACACUGGCUGCCUUCUUUACAUGAUGUUAGUUUCAGUUAAUCCUCUUUUUUUGUUAUUCAAUGCAUUGCAGCUGUGAUUUUACUCUCUUUAUAUUUGACAUAGUUUGGAUUGUACAUUGUUUUUAAAACGUAUAAUGUUAGCCAUCAUGAAGGUCUCUUAUGGGCCCAAAAUACAGGGUAUAAAUGUGUUAAAGAAAUGUCAAUAGUAGAAGAGCAGAAAAGGCUCCAUGCAGCCUCAUUUCCAGUGACAUCCACGUGUCAGCGGGAUUUGAUUUCUCUGAGGCAUGCCAUCAGAAAUGUGCUGUUACAAAAACCACUCGGGUUAGUGGACAGUAGAUCUCCAUUUUUUAUUUAUUUUAAAUAUCUGUAUAUGAAUUGCCCACCAUGGGAGCAUGGGAGUUGCAGUUUUAAGGUCUUUAGCCUUUUUUGCCAAAGAGUGCUGGUGCUGCACCAAACUCCAACUCCUGUGAUUCCAUAGCAUAGAACCAAAGCAGAUGAAGUGGUGUCCAACUGCAAUAAUUCCAUAGUGUAUGGUGUGACAAUGACACUGCACUUGUCCCUUUGUAACUUUAUUUACAAACUUAAUUAACUUCCCCAAUGUUUAUUUGUUCAGAGUGGUGAAGGGGAGACCAACACAUUGCCUACAGAUAUCUUUAUUUGUAUUAUAGCACGUGAAACCCUAAUGCAUAGAUUUUGCCAAAUUAGAAUGUCCUUAUUAGAAGAGCCCAAAUAUAUUAUUUCUAAUUUUGGCAUACUACCUAUCAGUACUGUGGACAUAUUCUCUGUUUGAAUUAACCUCUUCUCAGAACUUGAUAAGAAACUGUUUUCCAUAAUUACUAUGAGGAAAGCCAGCUGACAAUUUAUAGAAGGAUGUAACAUUCAUUUGAAUUGUUUCCUUAGUAAAGGUAUUUUGAAACUUUUUCUCUUAGGAAGUGGGAUUCAGUCUUGUUUCGCAAGAGGGAAUAUUAUAUUGCAAUUUGCAUUGGCAUUUCUGUUUCUUCUUGCUCGCUGACUGUCAUGUCCACAUCUUUAUUUGCGAGUUAUGUCAGGAUUUUUCUCCUUUUUUAAUUAUGUGGUGCAGCUCGAGAUAGAAGUACAUUAAGUAAUAUUCAUCUUCAUUUUUAAUAAUGUCGUCCAAUGUUGUCUUUGAAAUGUUUUUUUCUUUAUUUAAAGUUAUUCAUUAAGCUGUGUUGUGAAAAGUUACUAUGUCUUUGUUCUUGUACAGCUUUUAUUCUUGUUCUGUCAGUUUGGUUCAUUGUGUAUGUGCUGGCUUCUUACCACUUUCUGAGUUGUGUGACCAUGGGAUUUAUUAUUACGUCAGGUUACAAAUUAAUUCAUGAAGUCUUCUGGUCAGUGUCUAUAACAAUGUGGAAACGGGUCUUUCGGCAGAUGUUGGCUUUGAAAACAUUGUUUAAGGAGAAACAAGAGCAUGUAAUCUUCCUCCUUUCAGUAUAAAUUUGACCUGCCUCCACCAGAUAUCUUAAGGUCUGUUAUUAUUGGAAUUAAAUUAUGUUUUGUUCUAUGGAACUGCUACUA